CUGAGUCGACCCUCACAAAUCUAUAUGGAGACGAAUUCUUUGUGCAGCUUGAUAAACCAAUGUCCAAAGCAACUGACGAACAAUUAAAGAAAUUAGCAGUCGACCUUGAGUGGAUGAAAGCCCACGCUGAGGCAUAUGAAAUGGCCUUCAGGACAGAAAAGGAAGAAGAAGUCGUGAAUCGACUUGCACGUAUCUUCAGAUGGCGAGAGCAUUCUCUGCUAGAUACCAUCGAAUUGGACGCACGAUUUGUCGAUGGACCGGGUCUGUUCUCUAGGCCUGUGGCUAGACACAUCGUAGAUUCAGAUCGGCAGCGACUGUGGGCUCGAGCCUCACAGGUUUACCGCCUAGCGAUGAUGGCCUGGGCCCGAAGCGGCGUGGCCAUUUCUAGUUUGCUUAUAUACACCAAUACGACAGGCUGCAGUGUACCGUCUUACGAUAUCACGGUCGGAUUGCCAGGGUUGAUGGAUGCCGGGCUUGCACGAUCGUCAGCCAUUGUUAAAGACUUAGCCUUUAGCUUUUCCACGCGGAUGGACCACGGCUGGGAGCGAUUGGCACAAGUCUAUGGACAGAAGGUGGCAGCAGUUGAGAGGAGGAGGCAACGUUUGCAUUGGCAAGAGAUUCGGGAGGAGAUCGACUGGCAAGAUAUGCAUGGUAUCAUCGCAACAACCGAGGGAGCGGAUUAUACCACGGAUGAUAGUGAUUGGGAUUCGGACACGGAGUUCGACAUGGGUAUCUUGGACGAGAAAGGAUCUGAGAUACAAGGCCGUUAUGGAGACACCAUGCCACAAUCCCUCUACCGUGACAACUUCCCCGGUGUCUCACGUCUUCUCCAGAAUAUGCCCAGCCUUCAGAAGUUGGACUUGCACAUGUAUCAGACCCUUGAAUACGAGGCAUAUGACGGAGGCUCAAGGCUUCAUUACUACGAGGCGGUCUUCAAGCAUAUUGUAGACGCAAAGCUCCAGUUUCGCCAGCUUAAAACUCUGAUCCUUCGGGGACUCUUUCUUGACGCCGAAGACCUGCUUACCUUCAUGAGGCAUCAUUCAAGAAUUGAGAGACUGGAAUUGCAUAACGCCAUCCUUGGACCCCGUCCCGGUUACUCAGGCUGGAACAAUGUCUUGACAACCCUGUGCCGCAGCGCGGUACACCACGGCACGUCAUUGUCCAGCGUAUUUUGCUCGGGCCUGUAUAAUACCAGUCGUACGUUUCGUGGGCAAUGGGGCCACCCGCACAAUCUACUGAGGAGCCAUGAAGAGUUAAAAGGUCAAUGGGUGGAACGAUGGUGGCUUAGGAGCCGCCAAGGGAGGCCAGUACUAUGGACUCGCGAGGUUCUGAGAGAUGAAUUUGAGCAUGAGAAUGCAUUCGGGGAGGAAGGAGGUGCUCAAGGAGCGAAGAACACUGUCCAGUGGACUCCACCUGCUGGACUUCCUAUGGAGGAGCUGCGGGUUUUGCAGGAGGAAGAAUAUGGAAGGACGUAUGGUUAGGGAUAGGAUAGGAGCGCUAUUUACUAUCUAAACGAUUUUGCUCAGGC